GGUUUUUGCCUUAUAUGACUAUUUAUUGUAUCACUUUGUAGUUUCUUGUGUAUUUUCAUUUUUAAUUAAUAUAUUCCUGAAAAAUAAUUUUACAUGAAAAAUAUCUUGUUUGAUGAUCAAAUGUCCAAGUGACUGGAAGUCUGCAGAACCGUGUGAAUGCUUGAAGAUGAAGAUGAAGCAUUUCACUUAAUCUGGUGUCACUGGUGGAUGCUGUAGUCUAGAUUAUGUGAAACAUCUGUGGUCUCAUGCCUGUAAAGACAUGGACUGCGCAUGGUCUGGCCUCUCCGUGUGAGAAACCAGAGGAUGGAGCCUUCUAACUUUCCAGUGACCGUGGAGAGUCAGAUCUCCUCUCCCACCUGCAGCUACAUGAUGGAAGAACUUUUAGGGGCCGGGUCAUUCGGCGAAGUGGUCCAGUGUAGGAAGAUGUCAUCGGGCGAGACUGUGGCUUUGAAGGUGAUCAAGGACAGCAGUAAAAUGGAGGACGCCAAGGAUGAGGAGCGUGUUCUGAUUGAGCUGAAAGAACAUGGCUCGGACCGCUUCAAUAUUGUCUGCUGGAAUGACUCGUUCACCUUCCAGGGGCAGUUUUGCCUGGAGUUUGAGAAGCUUGACAUGAGUCUCCAUCAGCUGCUCGAGUGGCGCCUUCCGCUGUCAGUGAUGGAGAUCCGACCCGUUCUACAGCAGUUGACAACUGCUCUGCAGUUCCUAAAGAGUGUGGGGAUUGUUCACUGCGAUUUGAAGCCAGACAACAUCAUGGUGGUGGACCACCUGCAAUUGCCGCUGAAGGUGAAGGUCAUCGACUUUGGCUUGGCCCUGCAUGCCUCAGAGCUGUCACGGGGAAUGACUGUGCAAAGUAUGUGGUACCGAUGUCCCGAGGUGCUAUUGGGACACGAGUGCACAGAGGCCAUCGAUGUGUGGUCUCUGGGCUGCGUCGCCGUGGAGCUUCUGCUUGGCCGAGCUCUGUUUGAUGGCUCUGACGAGUACAGCAUGCUGUCUCAGAUUAGCACCACACUUGGAAAGCUGCCGGCGAGCCUCCUUGACGCUGGCAUUUUCACAUCAUGCUUCUUCCGCAAGAAAGCUAAGAAAUGGAGGUUGAAGAACCGAGCAGAAAUGGUAACGACUUAUGAUGGCACUCAACCAUUAAACAAGCUUUCAGAUCUGCUGGAGGUUCAUUUUGUGCGACCCAUCAACUGUAGUGAUGAGGACUGGCGUGCUAUGCAGUGUGACCUGGAAAGCUUUGUCAACUUGAUUGCUACAAUGCUGCAGAUGGACCCAAGCAAAAGGUCAAGGCCCUACCAAAUUCUGGAGCAUCCCUUUGUUACCAUGAGCCACUUUGAAGGAAGAUUCCCAAACAGUGCUUACGUCAAACUCUGUCACGACUGCAUGGAGGUUGGUCAAACGUGUCAGAACAAGGAGACAUCUGUGAGGCCCAUUUGGAACAUGUCUAGCUUCACAUGUGGGGAUCACACGGCCGGGCCCAGGAUGUUGGACCGGUCAGUCAUCACAAUCAACAGCGUCAAUUCCUUGCCUACAAGCAAUAAUGGUGUCAGGAAAAGGAAACGAGAUGAUGAUGAUGAUAAUGAAGAGAUCGUGAACUGUGCUUCAGCUGCUUGUAAAAGGAGCAGCAGGGAUGCGGAAGUCAUCUACAUGUCCUCAAUUGACAGCUCCAGGAAGGGCGGGGGCGACAUGAAACAUCAGCCACCCAAAAAACUCCUCCACUUAGAAUGUGGUGAUGCCACAAUCCAUUGGAACAAGAACCAGGCAGCGACACAUGUGCACACUGUAAAAGAAGCCGAGGGGGAGAUCUGCCAAUUCAUACAGUGGCGGUUUCCGCGGUUAGCUAGGAUGUUCAUCAGGUCCGAACUGUUUGGAAGGACAUCAGGGUUGCUUUAAGUCGGCCUACAGAGAGAAAUCAGCAGCUGGCGGAUCUAUCAGUCAUCUAUUAAUCUCCUACUCCGGAAUACAAGGUGGGUCAAAUGAUUUGGCUCUCCUCCCAUGACGCCCCAAUCCAAACGGAAUCCAGUAAGCUUGCUCCUUGCAACAUUGGUGAAUUUCCUAUCACAAAACUCAUUAAUGCCACUUGUUUAAUUAAAACUCCCCAAUCCCUCAAGAUCCAUUCAAGAGUCCACGUGUGUCUGCUUAGUUUUGUCAGACUGUGGGACAUCUCAAAAAAAGGUCUUUGUCCUUGUGUACAUUUGCAAAAUGAAAUCUGCCUUUUUUUGUUGUAGUGAUAGCUCUUUCCUGGCAGUGUGGCCUUUCAGACAAUGUGUGUGUAGUACUUGUACUUUUUUAGCUGCCAUCUUCACAUGGACUUAUGCAUUUGUUUUUGGGUUUAUAUACACAUCAUGGACCAAACCACGCUCAUCUCUGGAACACAGAACUUGUUUCCUUUCUAAGCGAUAUGACGGCUCCAAAAUUAGACAACAAUUAGUAUAUCAUUCUAUGAACGGAUGAACAUGGGACUUUCAGGCAUUUGGAAAUUACCCCCAAGGAUGUCUAAGACUGGGGCAGGUCCUGAAUUCCCUUGAUAUCUUGUCUAAUUUCUUUUACCUUUCCCAUGUUACACAAAACUGAGUGUUCAAGAAAAAAAAAAAAAUCCAGUGUUAUUUCUAAUCAUGUUACAUGUUGCCAGUUAACCAAUAGAAACUUCAAAAGAAAUUAGAUCAUUUGGGUUUUCCCAAAUUGUUUGAAGGCAUAGUAAUCUCUCUAUAAACCUGACUUUGAAGAAAGUAAUUUUAAAUUGCCUUAAAAAAUCUCAUUAUUCUGAAAUUUAGCAAAGAGUAAAUCUGUAAUUUUGUUAAAACUGACUGAGACAACUGUUUUUAUCUCUUAUCUUGUUUCUAUUUCCCAAGUCUUGACUUAUUAUGCUGAGCUGGGACCUUGGGUAUCAAAUUCUGUGCCAUGUGUAAAUGUUUGUUGGUAUGACAGUCUUUUGACUCCUUGACCCAAAAACUGGAAAGAUUUCAUCUGAUUUCACGUCAAAAAAGGUGUACGUUAAGACGGGCAAUGUGAACUUGAGCAAACAGAAGUAGUAACAGAUCAGCU